GCGAAAGUGAGCUCACUGUGGUACAGCAUCUCAUAGAGCAGCUGAACGUCUCGCUCCUCUCUCUCGUGGAAAGCGACGUGGGGCUGGCAGACUUGCUGACGGCUUUGGGCCGGAGUGAGGCCGCGAUUUGUCAGCAGUGUGGCGUCGCCUGCUUCGCAGAUCUGCAGCUGGAGGCCUCUUUCGGGGAGCUCAUGGCCCGUCAUAGCGGGGAGCUCUCAAAGCGAAUG